AUGGAGGCGGUGCGGGCUCAGCGGCUGCAGCCCGGGGUGGGCACCGGGCCCCGCGGGGCUCGGCCCGGCCUCACCGGGGCCCCCGCGGGCCUCGGCCCGACACCGGCAGCGGGAUCAGGGCUGGGCCCGGGGCUGGGGCUGCCGCCGCCGCCGCCGCCGCUGGGCCUGCAGGGCCCUCCCGCGCCCCCCGGGCCGGGGGCCGGGGCCGUGCCCGGGCCGCCCGCGGUCCUGAGGGAGGCGGUGGAGGCCGUGGUGCGGAGCUUCGCCAAGCACACGCAGGGCUACGGCCGGGUGAACGUGGUGGAGGCGCUGCAGGAGUUCUGGCAGAUGAAGCAAUCCCGCGGGGCCGAGCUGCGCAACGGAGCCCUGGUUCUCUACGAGAUGGUGCCGGCCGCCAGCCCCCCCUACGUCUGCUAUGUCACCCUGCCCGGGGGCAGCUGCUUCGGCAGCUUCCAGUUCUGCCCCACCAAGGCCGAGGCGCGCCGGAGCGCGGCCAAGAUCGCGCUGAUGAACUCCGUGUUCAACGAGCACCCCUCGCGCCGCAUCACCGACGACUUCAUCGAGAAGAGCGUCUCUGAGGCCCUGGCGUCCUUCAACGGCAACCGAGAAGAGGCAGACAAUCCCAACACCGGGAUCGGCGCCUUCCGCUUCAUGCUGGAGUCCAACAAGGGGAAAUCCAUGCUGGAAUUCCAGGAGCUGAUGACAGUUUUCCAGCUGCUGCACUGGAAUGGGAGCCUGAAGGCCAUGAGGGAGCGUCAGUGCUCGCGCCAGGAAGUCCUUGCUCACUACUCCCACCGUGCUCUGGACGAUGACAUCCGAAACCAGAUGGCCCUGGACUGGGUGAACCGGGAGCAGAACAUUCCAGGAGCCCUUUCCCGGGAGCUGGCGGCCACCGAGCGCGAGCUGGACGAGGCCCGGCUGGCCGGGAAGGAGCUGAGGUUCCACAAGGAGAAGAAGGACAUCCUGCUGCUGGCAGCUGGUCAGCUGGGCUCAGCACACUCCUCUGGUUGCUGAACCCCAAAACCUCCACCCUUGGUGAUCCCAAAACCCUUCCCCCAAAUCCCAGCCCGUUUGCACAUUUAGAAGAAAUUUAGCGGGGGGAAAAAAAAGGUCCUGAAUUUAGGGAAAAAGCUCCUGAAUGGAUUUUAGCAAUUUCAUCCUGGUUUUUAAGAGCUGCUUCUCAGCCUCCUCGUUCUUCCCUUGAGAACUCCUUAUUCCCUAGGGAACUUUUUAUUCCCUCAUAAUCCCUACAGGUUUUUUUUCCUGUCCCUUUUUUUUUCGGGGUUCAGAUCCCAGGUUUUGUCCUCUCCUCAUUCCAUCAUUGCUGGAGCAGUUGGGAUUCCAUGGAAUCCAGUGUUUCCUCUGGAAAAACCCCUUGGAUCCCCUCCCUCCUGCAGCAGAAAGGGAUCAAUUAGACCUCCUUGAUGAGCUCCUUAAUUAGGUGAGUGAGUGCCAAGGCGUGCAAUAUCUAGAUUUAAUUUUGGAAUUAAAUCUGGGAUCAGCCUGCAGCAUUCCAAUCCCAAGCACAGCAGGGUCUGCAGUUUCCCCCUGGAAUUGCCCUGUCUGGAGCCAAAUAUCAGCAUUGGAAGGUUGGAAAAGUCUUGGAGAGUUUGUGGAUGAGGGAGGGAUUUGCACUAAUCAUUCCUUAUCCUUUGUAUCCAUAUGGAACUUAGACUAUAUUUAGCUUUAAAACCCCUUUUAUGGCAUGGAAUUGUUCAAACAGCUCCGAGUUCACCCAAGAAAAUGUCAAUUUAUCCAUGGAAAUUUCCAUCUUACUCCCCUUUUCCCCAGCAGACUGGGAAUACAAACUGAAUUCCAAGCCAGAAUUCCUUUUUCACCCCAGCUUAGAGCUUUUCCCACUUCUUAUCCCCUUAAACCCUGCAGAUUCCACUAUUCCCACCCUCCUCCUUCCCUCUGCCUGACCACAGGAUAUUCCAGCAAUAAUCAUUGUUUUAGGAUAAAAUUGGAAUAAUUCCAUUAUCUGUAGGUACCCCAUUUUUAUAUCCACAUCCUAACGAGCUUAUUUUGGGGGUUUAUAUAUUUUUUAUACUUUCUACAAACACUAUUAACAUUUGAUGUCGCUGGAAAUUGGAUUUUAAAAGGGAUUGGGGGGGGUGAGGGGGUUGUCGGGUGUAAUUUUACUGAAAUAUUGGGAAAAUUUGAUUUAGGAGUAACAUGGAGUUAAUCCCGCAAUUUAUUCCGCACCUAUGGGAAUCCCUGAAGCUCCUCCCAGUUCUUUAUGCUCAAAAUAAACAAAUCCAGGAGGACUUUGGGAGUUCCAUUGCUGUGGAAUUUAAAAAAAAAAUAAAAGGGAAAAAAAGAGGAUAUUCCAUUACUUGUGGGAUCAAGGUGCCACUUUGGAGGCUCUAGAUCUCCAUGGAAGGCGUAAAAUUAACAAAAUUCAGAUUUUCUCAGUACGGAGAAACUCGUGCUCCUUGUUGAGGCAGUGAAAUUACGGGAUAAACACUAAUGUGGAUUUUCUACAAUAAACCCAGCGAUUUUGGUUAA